AUGCCUUCAAUACUAAACAGUGAAAUCGAACCUCUUGUGGUUAUUUUACAAUUUUGUCGUACCAAAGUUGUUGGAGUAUCAGUCAAGGUUUCAAACACCUUUCAUAUCAGAAAGUUAACUGUCGAUGAGACUGAAAGAGAAAUAAAGAGUUUGUUGCAGGAUGCACUGAAAUUGCAAGGUCAAGUGACCAUGUCGAAACAGAAAACAUUGAAUUUUCAGUCAAGACUAUUGACUUCCUUGAGACGUGUGGUCAGGUUGGCAGUUAUUGCUUUUGUUCGCUCAUUGAGUCGUUCACUUAUGAGUGGUGAGCGCAGAUGUCCCAAAAAGUUAAUGUUGGCGGGAAAAGAUUUUAUUGGGAAAAAUGUGACGACUUUUUUUACGGUGGUGUCUAGCAAUCUCUUCCGUCGCCCACAUCUUCUCCAUCUGGAACUUCUCCUCUGCCGCCCGUCGACCCCUGCACCUCUUUUGCCAGGCGUCACCUUCUCUCCCACCACCGUUCGCGGCUCUGCCUUCUCCCUUGGCAUCGGCCUCUCUGGGUCCCCUGGCCUCGCCGACACCCUCUUCGGGUCCUCCGACGGGACUCUGAGGGUGGAGAUUUUGAAAACUCUAGUGAAUGCAGCUUCGUCUAUGGACAAGAUAAAGAAAGAAAAAUCGGAAGUGACAGAUGUUCAAAUCGGGAUUUCAUAA